GCAGUCGUGUCAAAGUUCACUAUAUAGAGAGCUCAGUGAGCUGAUCACAGAGAAAGCAUUCUGCCAGCCGGGCUCCUAUACCCAAUCACUUCCUAACCUCCUUGCCUUUUUAACAUAUUUGAUCACUUUGAUUCGGCUUCUUUUUGCACACCGCACGGGAAGAAGAACAGGAGGUUGUGAUCUUUUUUGCGGCUUUUUUGUGGAAAAAAGAGGGGAUCUCCAAUAAUAACAAUACAUUUGCAGGCUCUCAAAAAGAAGGGAGAUUUUUGUGUGUGUGUGAGAGUGAUUCUUCAAGACUUGCACCGGAGCUGUUGGCCACAUUUGUUGUGAAGAGGAGCAAGAUCCAUCCUUCCUCUCUUCAGCCCCCCUCCAUGCUGCUUGUUCCGCUACUCGGCCCACCUUCCCCUCCGAUGGGGGUGCUGGAUGGCUGGCAGUAGGAGCCCCCUCGACUCGGCCUCGCUCUUGAGAAGCAGCCUCCUCUUCCACCCGCUCCAGUCGACUCAUUUCGGGAGUGGAACGAGCGCGGCGUCUCGGUGGUGACAUUUGGAGGAAAAAAAACAACUGAGGGAAAAAAAGAGAGACAAAACGGCAGACAAAAAGUUUCCCCCCCGUUGACUGAUAGGCAGAUAUGGCAAUGGUAGUGUGGAGAGGCUCCCAGGACGACGUGGCUGACACCCAAGGCGCCCUUUCCUCGCAGACUCAAGGCGGACUCACCCUGGCCAACGCUCAGCCUGGCCAGCUGGGUCUGACAGCCUCGCAAGUCGCCCCUCCGACCCCGCAGACCCCGGUGCAAGGGGGGCCCAACAACGCGCAGUCCACGCCGGGGAACCAGGGCUCGCAGCAGGCGGAGAAGCAGCCACAACACAUCGAGUGCGUGGUAUGCGGGGACAAGUCUAGCGGCAAGCACUACGGCCAGUUCACCUGCGAGGGCUGCAAGAGCUUCUUCAAGCGCAGUGUGCGGAGGAACCUCACGUACACAUGCCGGGCCAACCGGAACUGUCCCAUCGACCAGCACCACCGCAAUCAGUGUCAGUACUGCCGCCUCAAAAAAUGCCUGAAGGUCGGCAUGAGACGGGAAGUCUCUCUUUUUACUGCAGCCGUGCAAAGGGGACGGGUGCCACCCACGCAGCCACACCACGGCCAGUUCGCCUUGACCAACGGGGACCCCCUCCACUGCCACUCCUACCUAUCGGGAUAUAUCUCGCUGCUGUUGCGAGCGGAGCCCUACCCGACGUCCCGCUAUGGCAGCCAGUGCAUGCAGCCCAACAACAUCAUGGGCAUCGAGAACAUUUGCGAACUGGCGGCCCGGAUGCUCUUCAGCGCCGUGGAGUGGGCCAGGAAUAUUCCCUUCUUCCCGGACCUCCAGAUCACCGACCAGGUGGCCCUGCUGAGGCUGACGUGGAGCGAGCUGUUUGUGCUCAACGCAGCGCAGUGCUCCAUGCCCCUGCAUGUGGCCCCUCUGCUGGCGGCGGCGGGCCUGCAUGCCUCGCCCAUGUCGGCGGACAGGGUGGUGGCCUUCAUGGACCACAUUAGGAUCUUCCAGGAGCAAGUGGAGAAGCUCAAGGCCCUGCACGUCGACUCGGCCGAGUACAGCUGCUUGAAGGCCAUCGUGCUCUUCACCACAGAUGCUUGUGGUCUGUCAGAUGUGGCCCAUGUGGAAAGUUUGCAGGAGAAAUCCCAGUGUGCCCUGGAGGAGUAUGUGAGGAGCCAGUAUCCCAACCAGCCCACCCGCUUUGGCAAGUUGCUCCUACGCUUGCCCUCCCUGCGCACGGUUUCCUCCUCGGUCAUUGAACAAUUAUUUUUCGUCCGCUUGGUAGGUAAAACACCCAUUGAAACUCUCAUCAGGGAUAUGUUGCUGUCGGGGAGCAGUUUUAACUGGCCUUAUAUGUCCAUUCAGUAGAGGAAGGACAGCGACAAACACACACACACACACACACAGCAAGAUGGUGAUGAUGGUGUGUGUGUUGGUGUGUGUGUGUGUGUUGUGAGGGAGGGUGCUGAGAGACUAUACAUUGAUAGCUGCUUUUUUGUGGAAGGAAUAUUGGAAGAAAAAAGCAAGCAUUGGGCUGGCUUUCAUGAACUGUGAAAAAAGAAGGACUGACCUGGCUGAGAACAUGGUUGUUUUUUAAUGAAAGAAAAAAAAAAGACGAAAAAAAAUGGGCAUCCUUAAGAGGAAUUUUAAGUAUUAAGUGCAUUUGGGUAAAACAAAAAAGGAGGGGAAAAUAAGGGAAUUUCCUUUUUAUUCAGUCAAUGACUUGUCCUGUGUCCAAAUGUAUAGUGUGUGUUUUUUUUUUUUUUUGUACUUUCCUCCUUUUUUUCCUGGUUCCAAACCGGUUUAAUAUGUGACUUCUGUUCUGUAGUACAGGUGGUGUUAUUUUCUACAGAUGUGUACAAAAAAGAGAAUUAAAACCACAGCAAUAGGAGUUACUAUAGACUUAUAAUCUAGGCUUAAUGCUGCAAGCGCACUUAUGUUCUCAUUGGAUGACCACUACCAUCUGGGAGGGUUACACUUAAUGCAAAUAUCUUUUUUUUUUAAUUAAUAUGAGCUCCUUGCAAUUUUAAAAUAGAUAAUCUUUUUAAUGAUGGUCUUCCCAAAUUAGCAUUUAAAAAUAUUAAAAAGUCACUUCCUCUGCUUUAAUUUAGAAUGAAACCCACAAGCGACCCUAUUAGGAGGACUCAUAGGACUUUAUGGGGGGGUGGGGGUCAAGGGUCAUCCAAGUUUAAAGCCAAGCCGAUGUAGUGUUUAAUAGCAGUAUUAAAUGACUAAACAACCCUCCCCUUUUCAGCAUUAAGUGCCUGACAAGCAUGAUGGGAUUUCUCCACAACAACAAAAAAAAAGAAAAAAAGUGGACAAUUUUUAAAACCCGAGUCGAAAUCGAACAUGGAACCACGCCGAUGUGAGGCAGUAUUGUUGUAAAUAUAGGUCAACUUGUUUCUUUUAUACCAGCUAUAUGUGAUGAAGAUGAAAUCUGUGGUUGCCAUUUUUUCUCUCUCUCUCUCUCUCUUGUCUUCAAAAUGGAGUUUAGCUAGUAGCACUGAGAAGUUCUGUUUUGAAAUGUACAUACAUAUUAUUAUUAUUAUUAUUAUUAUUACAACAUGUUUUGUUUCUUUAUUUGCUUUCAUGUAUAUUUAGACUGUGAAUGCAUGGCCACAGGUCGCUAACCUAUUUUACCUUUGCUAUAUAAAUGUAAAUGUUUUUUCCUCUCUUCUUUUCUUUUGGGACUGUAUAGAUAUAAUCUGUGCAUUCACAACACUAGCCCUUGUAUUUAAAGAAACACACACACAUACACACACGAAGAAGCAAAGUUCAUCAUUAGGACUUUAAAAAAACAGGGUGAGCAGUUUUAAAAAUGGAAGUUAUUUUAACUUCUUUUUGAGGGGGUCUUAUGUUACGUGUGUGUGUGUGUGAGUGUGUGCGUGCGUGCGCGUGAGUGUGUGCGUGGGUGCUUUUUUGUCUUGGCUUUUCUUCACCACAAUUCCACUUAAAAAAAAUUGUGGGUGAAUGAAUUCUAAAAAGAAACAACAACAACAAAAAAGGGAUCACUGCUGAUUGAACACACAUGGACCAGAGAAUGAUACAUGAUUGUAAUUAUGAACCCACUUUUUUAUAUAAAUAUAUAAAAAUAUAUGACUGCAGGGUAUUGAUAACGUAUAGAUACUUUUUUUUUAAUGAUGAUGAUUAUUAUGAAUUAAUUGCAAGUGAUAUAUGUGAGUGUGUGUGAAAGUUUAUAAUAGUUGAACACGAUUCUUGUUUGUUUGUUUGUGUUAGCUUAUUGUAAAACGAGCAUUCUGCUGUAAAUUUGUUCUUGGUAUUAAAUUAUAAUUUAUGAAUUUGAACAUCCUUUCAUGGCUUCUUUGUAUCACUGAAUUAUGACAAUUAUAACUCUCUUUUAGGAAUGGUUUGGCUGCUUUAAUAUUGCGCAGAGUGGCUUAAUGCGGUGCACCUUAAUAUUAUUUUGUCACAUUUUGGGUGUUGCACCAGCACACGUGAAUGUGGCGCUUUAAAAUCCCCCAAAAGAAGCUUGAGUAUGUCACUAAUUAUUAGUAUUGGCUUACAUGAUGCUGGGAAUAAACCUGCAUGGGCAAUAUGAAGGAAUAAUCGGACUGCAACUUUUACUUUGCUGCUGCUGUGUUUUGCAAUUGCGCAUGCGUGGGUGGCUUGCUGCUGUUGAUUAAAAUGAUGAUGGUAGUGAUGAUGAUGGGCUCCUUGCUGAAAGCGUCAUUUAUCUACACAUGGCGGCGAUGUCUUCACUGUUUGUCGGAGCAAAGUGUCUCUGAAGACAGGCAGCCUUACUUAAUCGUAGCAUUUAGCACGAAACGAAGUGCUCGGAGCUUGUUGUUGGAUCGCCGUGAUUUCUCCUGACAGCUUCACGAUGCAUUACACAUUUUAUUAGUGCAAAAACAUAAAAAAAACAACCCACCGAUGUGUGGCUGAACAUAAUGUCACUUUUAUUUGACGUCCGUGAGACGCGAUAUGCUUUUUGACACACGCACGACCACAAGCGAAUUUUGUACUAAUGUUAUUUUAUUAAAAAAAAAAAAACACCUCCACAUUAUAGUAUAUCAUAUAGAGUGGCACUUUACGACAUACAUUGCUUGUAUAGUAAUAGAGUUCAUAUUAUUAUCUAUUAAUUCCACUUUAUUCUUAUUUUUAAAUAACAUUCCAAAUGCUAUAAAGGUGUUGAAUUAUUUACAUUAACAUUAUACGUCAAUCGUGAUGGACAUGAUUCAUUAUAUUCAACACAGCGGCCAUAAAUGUGAGAAAAUAGUGCCAUCUACCCGCAGUGCAAGGAAGUACAACUGAGAUCAACAGAGCAAAAAACGAGCAAACCCACUUCCUUGGACUCACAGCUGCAACUUUAUUUUGUGUGUGUGUGUGUGUGUGUGCACAUGUAACGUGAAAAAAUGUGACAUUGAUGCUCUUUGGUUCCGUGCAUCCUCCCGCACAAUCUAAAGAAUUACAGUACAAGUAGAUAUUAAUGCCAGUGCCUGCAACAUAUGAUGCGGGCAACAUCUUACAAACAGCUCUAAAAUACAUGUAAAAUACAUGACAAAAUAAGAAAUAUUUCAUGUAUGCAUUCUGUGCGGGUGUAUGUACUGUUGAGGCUUAUGAGUACAUAAAUCCUCUUUCCACACACUUUAGUGUAUUGCAGAAAAGGAAGUCCACUCUAAAAUUGCUCUUCAAAAAGUGUAAUAUUCCAUUAUGUACACCAACUACAUAGAAUGCUGUAUUUCAGAAAACACACUUUCAAAGCCAAUGCUCCAGAGGUUUCCAAGAAUAAAAAUUGAUAUCAAACAUAUUAACAACAAAUGGCUUUCGGCAACCCAAUUUUAGGUCCUGAACCUGAGUUUGGGAACCCAUGCUUUCAUAUUACACACACAUUGGCCUGCUAAUGUUCAACUCAGAAUCAAUGGAUUGCUUUCUUGGCAUAUAUUGCAGUGGCUUCAUUUGUCCAUGAAUGUGAAUUGUAAAAGUUAUUAUUUGUUUUGAAUUAUUAUCAUCCAUCAAUGUAACCCCCUUUACAAUCUUUACUGACACGUUGUAAAAAAAAAAGACACAUUGCCCAAGUACAAUAUGAGGUUUAAAAAUUGCGCUACUCGCUCAUACAGCACUUAUGAAUGGUGCGUUCAAAGGAGCACGGAUAUCUCAUGUUUUGUUGGAAAUUAUUGUUUUAGGCGUGAUUCGUGUCAUCGUUGAGCCUGAGAAAAUACUCCGCUCCAUUAUCAGGCUUAUCCCACCCAGCCUUUAUCAUUAUCGUUAUCAUUGCCACCGACAGUUGCAACCCACACGUUCCACAGGUGAAAAAAACAAGAAAUCAGUUGUUUUAAAGUCCAAAUUACAUUUUUUAAAUAACACCUCAAAAGUGUGACGACUUUACAUGUUAUUUGAGUUAAACUGUAUAAUUUUUGAUGAUUCGUCUGUAUGUUCUUCCUCUCAAAUAGGCUAAUUAGUGACUCCAAAUUGUCCAUAGGUAUGAAUGUGAGUGUGAAUGGUUGUUUGUCUUUAAGUGUCCUGUGAUUGGUUGGCGACCAGUCCAGGGUGUACCCCGCCUCUCGCCCGAAGACAGCUGGGAUAGGCUCCAGCAUACACGCACCCCUCGUGAGGUACAGAUUAUGUCCACGUGAAAAAAGAAUAAUACAAUCAAAUAUACAAUAUACAAUACCAAUCAAUGUACACAAAAACUAAACACAGGAAGAUUGUGGCAACUUCAAAAGGAAAUAUUUACAAAAAACUACUCUGUUCAUUUGAUGACGAAUACGUAAAUCCAAUGCCCUGAUAUAAAAACACUACUACUACUAAUAAUAAUAAUAAAUCACCAAAUGCAGUGCAAUUAUUACUAUAAAUAUUUGUACCACUUUUACUUGGUACUUGGUAGCGCGUUAAUGUGAUGAUCUGCGGUCAAUUGGAGAGAAUGACAUUACAGGAGCAAAUCCACUCACCACUCCCCCCACCCCACUGAGUGACCCCCACAGGACCCGGUGAGUGGCGCCGGCCCGGCCCGCUCAUGCACUAACGACCAGCGGGGAGAAGCACAAGCAUGGCCGCCAAAAAGGACGGCAGCAUGCGGGCUACUGUCACAGACUUUGUGUGUCUGUUUGUGUGCAACAGUGAAGCCGGUCAAGCUUAAGAGAGGACAAAUCUACAGAGGAGGCUCAUUGCUGGUGGUGUAGUGGCGACAAGCCACAGCGAGAGGGCGCUGUUCAGCACCUUUAAUCUCCUUCCUGUGCUGCCUGCAGCGCUUAAACCGGCUUUAUUCAUUUUUGUCUUUCUUAAUUUUUUCGUUUUUAUGAACAAAGUUUAGCAUUGAUGAUCAUUUUUUAAUUAAGUAUACCAGAUUUGAAUGUAGGACUUUUACAAAAAAUAUAUUUUUCAUUUCAUCAAGGGAAACAUGAAAGGAAUCAUGUAGGAAUCUUUUUUUUAUUGAGGCCACUCAAUCGUUAAAAUAAUGACUAAUUUCGUGAGUAAAAUAAUUAUUUGUCAUUUCAAAAAAUAAAAGAGCGUUAUGGAAUUAGAAUUACAAGGCCGAGAUGAAAGAAGGGGUUAAUUCCAAACGUAUUUCAAUACUUUCAUUUGAUUAUUCCAUUUUAGAAAUGCAUUUUUUAAAUGGACAAAAUACGUACAUUCACGUUUUCAUCGACUGAAUAUUGAGUUUGUUACUUUGAAUCGUUUUUUGACACCAUAUGUGUGCUGUUUUAUUCCCAUGAACGGUCUAAAAAGAAUAAAGACGAUACAUGUCAUCGAAGACAAUUAAAACAUUUCAUGUUACUUAUUAAUAAUUGUAUAUGUUAGCAGCCAAAAUACUUCAUAAUACAUUUUAGUUGACUUGAAUUGAUGCGUUUUACGACUUGUAUAUAUUUGUAAUUCUUAUUACAGUUUAUGCACAAUAACAGAUUGGUUUGAGGUACUGGAUAUUGAAACGAAUUCAUCGUGCAGGAGGUAGAUUUCAUUUCAUUAUUUCUUUAAAAAGUGAGUUUGAUUUUAUUUUUAUUUUUCAAAAUAACCCUCCCCCGGAAAAAAUAAUUUAAAUAGAAAAUUAAUGUCUUAAUUAAGGAGUGUAUUAAAUGUUUUCUGAAGCAACAUAAACGAUAUGUUAUUUUUUUUUUUAUUCUGCAAUUAAAAAGUAAUCUCUCAAACUGAGAUGAGUUCGAACCGUUUUCUUCGUCUUUCUUCUUCUGUUGCUGCUUCUUUUUUAGUGGCUUGUCAUUGGCGGGGCAGUACUGUGGUGGACAAUAAUGCAGCAAUUGUUGAUGCUUUGUGACCCAUAACAUUUGAGGGUGGCUAUUCUGGCUUUGGUAUGUAAUUAUGCAAAACACUUUGCAUAAAGCCUUGCCAUCCGAUCUAAUGAUAGAGCCUCUGCAUGCAGCCCACCAGGCUCCAUGCUGCCAUGCUGCCACCAUCAAACAAAUGCACACAAAUACAGUUAUUGUCCAGGUUGUGAAGAGUGCAGAAAUACAACAAUAAUACUUUUCAAUAUAACAGUAUUUUAUCAUUAUUUUAGCAGAAGAAGCUGCCAUGCCUUGAAGGAAAGCAAGCACCGACUGUAACAUGCAUGUUUUUCCUCCCGGAGGCCUUUGAGGAGCACAUGCACUCUGCUGUGUGUGUGUGUGUGCGUGCACAUAAUAAACACUUGUGCCGCCUGACAGAGGUGUGAAUCUCAGAGCUUUUCUACCAAAUGAAGUGCCAGAGGAGAGAGAAAUAAAGAGAUGUGCAGCUGUCAGGGGUCAGCCAGGCAGAGAUUGCUUCUAGAGAUCUUUUGAGAAAGGAAAAGAAGAAGAAAAAAAAAUCACACAUUUGAAGGCUUGGUGAUUUGCUGUCUUCGUAUUUCAAGCUCAGAUCAGUGGAAUCAUGCAGGAGGGGGGUGGUGGGAAGGAUGGAGAAAAAGCAGUGAUGUUGGGAUAUGGACAUGUAUGGGACAAGUGGGAGCGUUUUUUGUGGAAAGACGGGAGACAUUUUUUGUUGUUGCAUUCAAACACCAUCACGGUGUGAUGUUUGCAUGCGAGAAUGUUUUAAGAUACAAAACAUUCAAGACGUCAUUAUCUAAUUUGAUGGGCGUGUGUACACAAAGUCAAUUACACAACUCGCAAGUCUUUUAUGGCACGUGGGCCACAGAUUCAUUUUUCUUCCAAAAUACCCAAAUAUUUUUCUAUUUUUAAAAAUUCUGAUUUUGGUGAUUUUUUGUGAUUGGUGAUUGUCAACCUGCAGCAUCACCUGCAACACAAGACAUUUGAAGUCAAACUCUCCCAAAUGUAUCUUUUAUUUUACAGCAUUUAUUGCAUUAUUAUUAAUAUAACAGAUUUAAAACUAAUUUUAAA